GACAGUGUUUGACAGGCGCGAUGUCGAGUCGUUGUUCCUAAAUCUUUCUCCGCUCGACUUGUUAUUUUAACGUUAAUCCAACAUUAGACGUUUUUAGGCUGAUAUUAAGAAGUCAGUUUAAACGCUCUCGUGUGGAGAGAAAGCUCGCGCGCUAGCCUUGAACUUCCUCCCAGUAAUUUUGAAUAAGGAAGUAGCUCAGUUAGCCAGCUAGCUAGCUCGCGACAUGUAAACAUCUCAAAUGGAGGGUGUGUCGGAGUGAAUAUUUGUUCUUGAUAUUUUUUAAGGUUUUUUUUUUUUUUUUUUUUUUUUUUUUUUUGUGGGGAGAAUGGGCGACGCGGCGAAGGUUCAGCGUCGGGAGCAGUUAAAGCGCUGGAGCGGCUCCUCGACAGACAAGCAGCCGGCCGCGCCGCGGAGACGCUGGCGGGAUGAAGAGGAGGAUGGCCGGGAAGAUGGAGACAGAGCACAGGACGCGGACGGACACCAACCUGACCGGCAACACGUCAAACGAAGGAGGCGUGUGCGAUUUGAGAGGACGGCGGAGUUCCUGGCCAUCUGCGCCAGCGGCGACACAGACGAGGCGAAGCAGAUGCUGAAGGAGAUGCAAGUUAUAAGCGAUGGGGACAAAACUUGUGGAGAGGAUGUGGUCAACUGUUCCAACGCCGACGGAAUCACAGCACUGCACCAGGCCUGCAUCGAUGGCAGUAUUGAGGUGGUGGCCUUCCUCUUGUCUCGAGGUGCUAACGUAAACCAGGUGGACAACGAGGGCUGGACCCCGCUUCACGUAGCAGCUUCCUGUGGGAACAUAGAAAUCGCUGAAUACUUGCUGCAGCAGGGCGCAUCUCUGAGCUCAGUGAACUGUGAUGGCGAUGUGCCAUUAGACAUCGCCGAAGACGAAGCCAUGGAGGCACUACUGCAGGAGCACACUCUGAAACAGGGUGUGGAUGUGGAGGCAGCUAAGCGGUUGGAGGAGGAGAUGAUCAUGCGUGAUGCCCGUGGUUGGCUUACAGAGGGCGUACCUGCUGAUCUGCACCACCCCAGGACCAGAGCCACACCCCUCCAUGUUGCGGCUGCUAAGGGCUACCUGGAGGCCAUCAAGUUGCUGUGUCAGUGUGGCCUGGAUGUGUCUGCUAAAGAUGGGGACGGCUGGACUCCGCUCCACGCUGCAGCCCACUGGGGUCAGCGCGAGGCCUGUUGUCUCCUCGCAGAGCAACUGUGUGACAUGGAGGCCCGCAGCAAUGGGGGUCAGACUCCAUUUGACGUGGCUGAUGAAAGUGUGGAGGCCUUGCUGGAGGAUUUACUGCAGAGACAAGCUAGUUGGCGAACUGAACAGGCCAUUAAGGACAAACAGAAUGCACAAGCGUCUGCAAACGGCAACGCUGCCAAAAUACGCAGGAGCUCGGUGUGUAGGAUGAGCAGCCGAGAAAAGAUGAGCGUGCAGGAUCAGUCAAAGGAGCGAGGAGUCUCUGGAGGCCUGGAGCUAAAUGAGGAGAGAGAGAGCAGUCCCGAGACUUCCACGGUGUCGAGUCCAGAUUCAGAAAGCAUCACUACCUCCACGGUCAGCCCUGCUGACAAGACCCCUGAAGAGAAGGAAGCGGAGGAGAGAGAGCAAGAGCGAGAGAGCCGUACUGCUCGUGUUCCUCCCACUCUGCAAAGAGGCGACUCAGCCCCAGAGAGCCCCAGUGGUCCCUCUACUGACGGCAAGAAGUACCAGGCUCCAGUUCGGGAUGAGGAGUCAGAGUCUCAGAGAAAAGCUCGUUCUCGUCUCAUGCGCCAGUCACGACGCUCCACUCAGGGAGUGACCCUGACUGACCUUAAAGAGGCAGAGCGAACCGUUAAUAGGACGUCUGAACCUCAGCCCAGUCUUCAGACUGUCAGUCCAGUUGUCACGGUAACGCCAGCGGAGAGAGACACAGAGCCUGUGAAGGCCCCCAGCCCAGAGGGAGACUCCAAACUGGGUGUGAGAGAUCGCCGUAGAGCAAGGAGAGAGAGACGAUCCACUGGCAUCACCACACUUAUAGGAGAGACAGAGGACUUGGAUACGCAUGAGGCUACACGAGCAGACGGCACCUCAAGUGACACCCACCAAGGAGAUGCAAAAUCGUCAUUAUCACUGGAUUUUAGAAAGCUGUAUGUGGACGUGUUGAAGGAGAACAGUACACUGAGAGAGAAGCUCCAGGAGACACAGCUGCAGCUCAGCGAAUGCAAAGUGGAGCUCGAGCGACUCAGACAGAGCCAGGAAAAUGGUUGUGACCGCCCUGCUCUACUGGAACUAGAGAGAUUUGAGAAGAAAGCACUUGAGAGGAAAGCAGCAGAGCUUGAAGAUGAACUCAAGGUUCUUGUUGAUCUGCGUGCGGAUAACCAGAGGCUGAAAGACGAGAACGCUGCUCUCAUUCGUGUCAUCAGCAAGCUCUCCAGAUGAGCCUGCCACUCCCGCCACUAUUCACUGAAACCACAAGGUGGCAGCACUGCCCAUCUCUUUACCCAGAAUAAACUGGAAGAACGCUCUUCUGUUUCUGCGCGGACAUAACGCAUUGCAACUGUGUGUGUGUGUGUGUGUGUGUGUGUGUGUGUGGUCUUUCUCACCCCUUGGGUGGCUAAACUACUGUUCUCCAAAUUAACCUGCACACAAAGGUGAACAGACCUAGCCGCAGCACAACCCUCAGUUAAACAGCACACAAACAUCAGGAAGUUCUAGACCUCCGUUUACGCCAGGUCUGAUUUCACUCGUUCCAGGUCUCAAGAACAGUAACACAUUACUUGAACUCAGUGUCACGAGACUGAUCAAGUCAUAAACCCAGUCAUAGUUAUAUGGUAUAUCUAAUGAUAUAACAGUGUCAUGUUAAAAUUAUCAGUAAUUAUUGUUGGAUCGCAUGAUCGCCUAUCACAUGCUCUCUAGUUAGUGCACAUUUUGAGUAUUUAGGGCAAAUCAGAAGUUAAUACUAAUGUGUUCGCUCUAAUACGUUAUCGUUACUAUAGUCACAACUCCUUCACAGGGAGCCGAAUGGUGGACGUAUAUCGAUGGCCACAUAAUCUUAGCUUAAGACUUCGUUUACAGAACAAUUUAUUUAACAUAUUUUGGUGUCAGCAGUUUUGUAAGAAUCACGGGAGAGUGCUCAGGACAGAAGACUUUGUGCUUAGCGGUUUCUUGGUAACAUGACAAGCUGCAUUUUUUUUGUUCUAUUAUUUCAAGAGAGAAAAAAAGAGGCUGGUGAGGAAACACGUGUUUAUAGCUGCUAAGUGAUAACAGGAACUAGCUUGGGUUUUAUCGACAUUCCACAACAUUACAUGUAACUAUAAAUAAAUAAAACGUAUGACGUCAGUGCAUUUUAAGAACUGGUAGUUUUGGCAAAACAGUUCAGGAUGUGCUGUAAUUGGAAAAUAAUCAACUUCAGGGUGAUAACAGUAACUUUGUUUCAUGUUGGGCCGUAUCACACCAAACCAUCGUUGAUUGUUUUCCUAUAAUAGCACAAGUAUAUGACAAAAUAUCUGUCAUAUAAUAACCACUUUAACUGUUUGCAUAUGUUUUAUCACACAUGGCAAUAUUCCGUCACUGUAAUAUUAGCUUAUGACAGCAUUAGCUUAUGUGCUGAUGUGUUUAUGGCAUGUUCAUGUCAGUAUUAUGACGUGGGGUUCAAGUAACAUGUUACCUGAAGUACAUACUUGAAGUACAGCAGGAUGGAGAGGAAAUGCAGGGUGCUUUUGUUUCAUAUAUUUAAUUAGAUCUCAUUUUUUCUUGUGCACUGUUUUCGUUAUUUUUAUUUUUAUUUUUUAACCUUGUAGCGUAACGCAAAAUAAGCCAGUACAAGGUUGCCAGUUUAUAUUAUUCUUCGCUUUAGCCAUGUGUAUCCACUGUAGCUUGUAGUUUAUACUCUGACAGUGUUGGACAUCAGAGGGCACGGCCAAUCAUCAGCUUUUAGGACACGACCAAAAAAAAGGCACGUCCUGAUUUUGCCAAGUGACGGCCAAUCUUGGAUCGACGUUUGCAUUUUUAUCACCUAGAUCCUAACUUGAUCAUAUGACAGAAUUUCUUUUCGCAUUUUCAGCUUGACCCUACAACUUAGCAUGAAAUAUAUUUGAUAGUUUUGCUAGUCACUUGCCUGUCUACUUAAUCUUAAAGAUGCAGUUUGUAAUGUUUGAAAGUGCUGCUAGAUGCAUAAUAAUAAUAAUGGUUUAAAAAUACCUUAGGAAGACUGUGAUGUGUAUUAUUGCAGUGGCUAGCUUGUUUGCUUUAAGUUUCUGUUUACAUUUUGCUGUCAGCUCCGCCCCCAGGUUGAACACCACUGCUCAAAGCUUUCCAUUUAAAAAAAAAAAAAAGCAGAGGAGUUUUGGCUCAGGUUGAGGGAAUAGAUAGGCUUAUCAUCUAAUGUUAUCAUUGCAGUUUUUCUCACAGACAGCAGAGGGCUCUAAAAAAAAAUCACAAACCGCUCCUUUAAUGUUACCUCUAUUAAAGGGCUCUAAAAUUACAGACUGCUCCUUUAACUUCCCUUUGUUAGCAGGGGGCUAUAAAAUGGCAAACUGCUCCUUUAAAGUUAUUUCUCUAGUUGUAGCUUUCUGAUGGAAGCCAGCCAAGUUAGAUAACAUUAGGUAAUAUGUUGCAUAAUUAAAGCCAGCAGUCAGGUUUGCAAGCUUGUUAGGUAAACUGUUGUAUUAGCAAAUUGUGUGCUUUGCAUGCUUGAAGUGAAAGCACAGUGUUUACACUGGAAAAUUCAGCAAAGUGUAGUGUACUGUUAAUACCUGGAGGGUGUGCUAGAUCAGGGAUCAUCAGCUGAAAACGCUGAAAUGUAGGGGGAAAAAAGUAGUUCAGCGACCCAAUUUUCUAAACAUGAACCAGCUCGGCUUCUGUAUCAAAUCCUCUAUUGCGGUUUAUCCAAUCACAAGCAUUUAUGUAAAUCAUUUAGCUGAAGGCAGCUCAUCAAACCAGAGACAAGCUAUAGGGCUAGAGACAUAAGCUCAAAAAUGGGAGAGUUUUCACUGACUUUCAGAGAUUUUUCAUUUUGUUUACCCUCUCUGACUGAUUAGUGAUGUGACAACAUUGUUUACAAUCCUGAUUGGACAGAGAAGUAUGCGGUUAGUCUCCCUGCAACAAAAAUUCAAAACAGACUAAUGUAACAGACUAACAAAUGUUUCGUGUGUUCAUAGACUGUGGCACUAUUUUAACAUAACCACUUCAAAUGGUCUUAUUUACUAGCUAAUAAAUUAGUCGCUAAUGGUCAAGCAUAAGUUGUGGUUAAUCAGUCAUGUUAGUUGCUUUGUAAGGAUCGAAUAAUAUGUAACUGGACCUUUGCAAAUUUUAGUUUAGUGCCUCUGUGCGAGAAGGUGGAGUGGAAGCACUUUUCACAGUUGCUGCCUGCUGUACGUAGCAGAAGGGGCGGGGCCAUUAGAGGAAGCUGCACAGUCCACAGUUUGUGCUGUACAUUUGAACAAGACUGGUAUGCUAGGUUAUGUCAUGCUGAAGAAAGGAAGUAGUGACGUCACAUGAUCAAGUACGCUAAUUAGUUUUAACGUAUGCUCCACCCUCUUUUAACCAGUGACUCCUGCCACUCGGCAAAAUCAGGACAGCGCUUGCAUUGUUAGACACAACAGAGAUGCAAACGUGCCAAAACCUGAAGCUCCUCUCCUGCAUGGCUACUAGUGCUACGCUGUUGAGGACUGGGACUUCUCUCUCUCUCUCUCUCUCUCUCUCUCUCUCUCUCUCUCUCUCUCUCUCUCUGUAUGUGUGUGUCUCUCUUUCUCUUUCUCUCAGGACAAGCUUAGAUCAACACUGUACUUGAGCACACUGCUACUGUAUGUCGGACCAAACAGUCAUUGACAUUGUUGCUGUUUCUCAGCGAGCGAGUAUUUAUGAGUGUAAGUGAUGUAUUACAGAGCCUGUGUCCUGUGCCAAUGGUGGUGUAGGGAUUUUUUUAUUUUUUUUUUUGUCAUUUAUUUUCCAAGAGGAGGAGAAGGAGGAAUGUUUAUACUGUGAGUCCUGCUCUCAGAGGAACAGGCGCUUUAUAAGGUCAAAGCUUUUGACAGUUUACCACCAUGUUGUUGUUUUUUUAUUAUUAAUUGCUCCUGUUUUAUUAAUAUUAUUUUUAAGCCAAUGCAUGCCAAGAUUGUAUUUCGACAAAACAUGUGCCUUUCUACAUAUCUAUUUUAAUAUUUCGAUGUUGCUCAGUUGAGAAGCUCUGGCCUCCAGUAGGCUCCUAAAGAUUCUGCUGUCAUGAAAAAACAUACAGCCAUCGGCAUUUGGUAAAAGAGCCAAUAAAAUUCAAUGGAAACAGAUAAA